AUGAAUGUAAUGUUUUAUCGGUUCUGUCGGAUUUAUCAUUUGGGAAUACGACCUGUGUUUGUAUUUGACGGGGAAGGGAGGCCGAAUAUGAAAAGAAAGCAGUUCGUCAACACACGAAUCCCAGAUACAAUUGCAAUGAGAAAGCUCAAAAGUCUUAUUAAACUGUUCGGCUUUGCAGAAUGGUUGGCAUAUGGAGAAGCAGAAGCAGAAUGUGCGGUGUUACAACGACUAGGAUACGUUGAUCUUGUAAUGACAGGAGAUGUAGACGUAUUCCUUUUUGGUGCACGACGUGUUCUCCGCCACUGGCCUAGCAAGGAUGGUUUUCCAUGCGGAUGCUAUGAUACUUCCUGGUUUAACCUCGAUAGGUCUGACCUUAUCCUGAUCGCCAUUCUCAGGGGUUCCGAUUACCAGGACGGCAUCAAGGGUAUUGGUAUCAAAUUAGCGGAGGGACUUGCA